GAUCAAUGAGUUACAGUUAUCUAUAGCAGAGAUCCUCCAACCUUUUUUUGAAACCAGAUUCACGCAGGACAAUUUUUCCAAGGAGGUAAUGUCCAUUUAAUAUUACUAUUAUACGUAUGAUUUACUUAUUACCUUAUAUGUAUAUAUAAAUAUAAUAAAAAUGUAAUGUACUAUAAUGCAGCAUCUGUGCGAGCGUUAUUUAUAGAUGCACAGAAAAACAAAGCGCGACUGAAACAAGUGCGGGGAAAAUUGCCAAAGGAUGGAAUUGCUCAUUUAUUCAUUUUAUUUUAAGAAAAAAUUAAAUGCAAACUAUGACGCUUUUAUUGUUUCUGUGAGGCCCGGUGUUUGGGGAACCCCUGCUGUAGAGAACAUCAACUCUCACAGGAGCAGACCCCUUGCAGCUUCUCCUCCUCACACCAUGGCACAGAUAGGAAGGCUGUCAUCGAAAAGCUCAGUCCUCUUGCUGUGUGACAUGCAAGAGAAGUUCAGACCAACGAUUUUCCAGUUCUCCAAUAUUGUGAGUAAUGCAGCAAGACUUCUGCAGGCUUGUCGGAUCCUGGGUAUUCCCCCAAUCUUGACUGAGCAGUACCCUAAAGGCUUGGGUCCAACUGUGUCUGACUUAGGCGCCGAAGACCUGAAACCCCACACCAAAACCCGCUUCUCCAUGCUAACCGAGAGCGUACAGGAAGAGCUUAAAAGCCUGGGGAACCCAAAGCAGGCCAUCCUGUGUGGCAUUGAGGCCCAAGCCUGCAUUGCUUGUACAACUUACGAUCUUCUGGAUAGAGGUAUGGAGGUACAUAUCGUCGCGGACGCGGUCUCAUCUCGGAGUCAGACCGACCGACUGUUCGCUCUCUCGCGCCUGAAGCAGAGCGGAGCGUUUCUUACCACCACAGAGGGCAUAAUGCUGCAACUCGUACAGGAUGCCAAGCACCCCGAUUUUAAGGAGAUCCAGAAGCUUCUAGCGCAUCCUUCUCCAGAUACAGGUCUUAUAAGCUUUUUCAGCUCCCUCUAAGAAGAACCACAAUAAACCCUCAACAGCAGGCUGACUGAAAUCAAAUCAUCGGAUUCGAAAUACCGAUUCGUUCGGGUCUGCGUUGCUUUCGAUGCAUCAAUAAAUAAAGACGGUCUGUCCAGAAA